AUGUAUGGCACUCUCACGCAGCCUCUCCUCCAAACCAUUCUCAAACCUGAUGCAACAUCAACCGAAGUCUGGAAGUCUAUUGAAGCUCUUUUCCUUGAAAACAAAGAAUCCAAGGCCAUGGAACUUGAUGAUGAACUAUGUUCCAUUACAACUGGUGACCCAACGAUCGUUCAAUAUUGUACCCAUAUAACGUCAAUUGAUGAUAUUCUUGCCAACAUCGGAUCCCUGGUUCCAGAACGUAAUCUUGUUAUCUAUGCCAUUAAUGGCCUCUCUCCAAAGUUUGCUCAUGUGGUUACCACCAUUCGACAUCAGAAACCAUUCCUAACUUUUCUUGAAAUGCGGUCGAUGUUAACGCUUGAAGAAUGUUCCAUGAUUAAGGAACAAAAUCGUGUGGUACAAGCUACUCAUCAAGAUCAUGCUUCAGCCCCUACUAUCCUAAAUACCACGUAUGAAAAUAUGAAUCAUGAAAAUCGGACUCCAAACAAUCACCGAGGAACUCUCUUUAAUGGCAGGGACGGUGGUCAGAACUCCAGAGGCGGCGGAAGGGGCGGUCGUCCAGGCAGAGGAGGCAACAGAGGUAGAACAGGUGGUAUUGGCGGGAAUUUUGGCUCACCUGCUCUCGUUGGCAACAUCGGUUGGGGGAUUUAUGUCACACCCCGCCAAGGCGGCGGAACACGUAGGGUUGUAUGA